AUGGUGAAGAAUAAGAACAUUGGUGGGCGUCUUAAGCUCUCCUGUAAGACAAAAAAGACUGGCUUCCAGAGUACAAAAAGCAAGGACCAGACCCCUGUGGAUAACCCAGCAGGCAAUGAUGAUCCUGCUGUUCCUGCAGACAUCCAGACCACCAGUGAAGGUCAGCUGGGCUUUCCAGACAGGGUUUACCUGCUUGCAUCUGUCAUCUUCCAGAAUAACCAUCAGGAGAAGCCUGCUGCCCAGCAGUUAGUGAAUUACGGCAAAGAGAGAGGGCUUCCAGUACCUGCAGUCAAAGAAGAAAAGAUGCAACGUGCAGCUUAUGAGCUCGCCUUUAACACGCUGAAAUGUGAGUUGCUGUUUUACACCAGCAGUAUUAAGUGGGUUUUCUCUGUUUUACAACUGGAUAGGAGAGACAUCAUCAAAGGGGUUUUCAGCAGCCUCUAUUUUGACUACUUUCAGGUCCCACUGCAUCAGGUAACACCUAGCCAACAACAGCUUUAAGAAUGAAAACGGAUGAUCCCAAAGAUUUGAAAUGACAGCCAGAAUUGAAUACAGAUUGACUGAUGAAGGGCAUGUGGAAGAGGAAAAAAGUCUGAUUGACCAGAGGGAAUACUGUACGUUGCCACAAAUCAAUUUUGCCCAUAAUCUGUUGUCUGGGAUAAGGGUGGGGUCCUGGUGGCUCAAGUCACAGGGCUGUGUAAUCACCAUGGCAAUAAGGGAGGGGAGGUGAGCUGACUGUCAGCACAGUGAAGAUGGCUGGAAUCGAUUUAUGCAUUCUUAGAGGAUGGAGAGGUCAGGGUGCAGGAACACCCCCGUAGCCACAAAUGAAUUUGUUUCUUCUCACCAUCUAACCCCUGAACUUGGAUAAGCCUUGGGCAUACAUGUCUGUCAGUUAAUGCAGAUCACCUUCAAAUAUCAUCACAAGUUCUGGUGCUUGUUGCAGUGACCUACAUUAGUGUUAUAGCUGGAGGUUGUGAUACUUAAAAUACACUGCAAGCAGCAAUGGAGAAUUCUAAGGAUAACAACAGAGAAUUUGUUAUCCUAACUCCAAGGAUAUUUUCUAUUUAAUAUUGUCUGUUCUCUUCAAGAGAGGAUGUCUGUACACAAUUUGUGACAAUUGAUAAUAAGUCUAGUUAAUAACGCAAAUGUAGCUUUUUUACUUUAAAAAUAUAGACAUAAUCCUUCAGCAGAGGAAAUAAAGGUCUGCUUGACCUUAAAACAAAUAAAAUGUAUGGUAUGUCUUCUAAAAUUGAAGCCCCCUUUAAUCCAGAGUCUGUUUAAAAGACAAAUUCCCUUUGUUUCUUUCUGACCCCAAUUCCCCGUGCCUGGCUUUUCUGGCUCGCUCGAUCGCUCCUUUGUAGAGUUUUAGAUUAUAGUAGACUCCAACAGAGAUCACUUGAAGAAAGCAGGUGCUAAAAAAUUAUCACUGAGUAGUUAAGAGGAUGAAAGAUGGAUACCUGCUCUGGUUGCUUUAUACCUAAUAACAUGCUUUCUGUUCAUGGGAGCGUAAGGUAACCGAAUAUGGUUGUAAGAUUUUCAUGCUUCUUUGGUAAAUCAUCUUUGCACCACAAACCAACAUCAUUGGGACACAGAACAGCAUAUCUCUGAUGACUGUUUAUGUUAAACAUUGCCCUGAUCACAUACAUAUUUUGGCCACAUAUUGGAUCCACUCACGCUGACAGUGCAAUAAAAUUGGAUGCAGAUAAAAUGACACAGCCUGAAAACCAAUGUUAAUCUGUACUUUUUCUCCUCCCUCCCACGAAUUGCCUGACUUUUGGUGCAGAAAUUGAUUUGUUAGUCGCACACAUCCAUACGGGUUGUCACACAUACACAUGCAGGCACACAAGACUCAUCAUUCAUGCACUGCGUUAGCAUGACUGAUCCAAGAUUGAGCUGAGGUGGUUGUAAACCUGAGGAAAUGCUUAAGUAGCAAAAAAAUAAAUCCACCGAAAAAAAAAAAAAAAAAAAAAAAACAGGGCAAAAUGCCAAUGCUUUUGUAUCGAUCCUGUGAUUUUAACUCUUAUCUGCUGAAAACAAGGAAGUCUGUAAGCUCUCUGACAGUGGCUGAGAAUACAGAUUUGUAUGGUGCUGUCCUGCUGUCCUUGUCAGUAAUACUGACGUAUUGAGGGGGAACAGAUAAUAAUGUUUCCUCUAGUGUAAAUCUGACAUUUUAUAAAAUAUGACUUGGCUCAAAUGAGAAUUUUAGUGGUCUAGUUGUUUUCUGGUAUGUCCUUUCUUUUUUUCCACUUAACUCUGCCUUGUUUUUAUAUCUUCAGGGCUCCGCUAUUCUGCUGACCUUGUCUCUUUUAAAGCGUUUUAUUCAUAUCUGACUGACUGGCUGAUUACUGACCUAGAGGCAGUUUGUUCUCAGGGUUUUUUUCUGGCUAACUCAAACUGCAUGCUCUCAGUUGUUGGGUUCUGUGAGUUAUGUAACAAGUUUUGUGUGAAAUAUAUCCGUAAAAUAUUAGUUGAUCUUGUUGCCAGCAACAAGAACCACCCCCCUUCCUCUCCCCCUUCUGUCCUGCGUCCCCCUUCGUUCCGCUGGCUACUCCUCUGAGUGUUUCAGCCUCAUUGUCCAUACUGCCCAACCAGGCUGCCAGACGCCCUUGUCAAAUGACUGUGGCUGCGGCUGCUGCUGUAUUCUCUCUGUACGGCUAAAAAGGUUCUUGGACCACUUUGUAUAAGGCUGGAUUUAGAGCUUGAGGGAAAGGCUUUUUUCGUCCUUGACCACGGUCACAGCAGUUACCACCAGUAUGCCUCAGCAAAUAUUAAAUUGUCCAGGUAGUUAGAAUAUAAUAAGUGAGAUAGAUCUGCCAUUUAGCUGAAAGGUGGUUGUAUAACUCAUGGCACAUACUCCUUUUGGCUGGUCCUCUGUUAGAUUAAUGUGCAACCGGGUGUACUGAUGCACAACAAUGUGAGACAAAAAGCUAGCUGAAAGAAGAAGAGCCUGGGUUAAGAUCUGGCUCUUUCACAAAGGAUCUGUUUGACUGCAGUCACCAUCAGUCACUGCUCAUUGUGUAAUACCUGGAUGGAUGCCACAGAAACACUCCAAGCUCAACACUUUCCUGUAAUGACCAGCGCCUUCUGCUGCUCCAUGACUUGACUUUUUUUUUUUUUUUUGUAUGACUGAUUUCACACUUCUUCCCUUCUACUGUAUAUUUGAGGAAUUCUGUGUCUGUUGUGUGAAGAUGAUCACUGGGGAUGAUUUAUAGCAGAGUUUUCUCUGUUUUACUCAACCCGCUCUGUGUGAUUUAUAGCAUGCUGAAAACUAUGCCCUCUAAAGACCCAACAAUCAUGGAACCCCUCUUGGGCCUGAGCUGCUCUGUGUGCUUAUCUCUUCAUGGCUUAUCUUUAAGACCUUCUGCAGUGGCUACUAUUUAAAGACCUCAUUGACCUGCAUCAGCUAUAAAUUUGACCAGUGCUGAUGAUACGCAUUUGUCUUCACAAUUUCAGAUAAGCUUUCUCUUUAAUAGCAGUAGUACAAGCAUUUACUUGUGUUGCCUGUUUUUGGUGUGACAGAAGCACAGUAUUAAAUAAUUUUGUGCAUAUUAUAUAGAUUUCCUUCUGAUCUAUCGUAUGUACAUUGUAUUUAUCACGUCUGGGUUAUUAAUAUUAGCUUCACAAAAGGUUUUGUGUAUAAAGUUUUUUUUUUUUCAAAAAGCGCCAUAUACCUUUUCUACUCGAGGAGCAUUUUUACUCUUUAGUUGCAAAUGCUUAAGAAGGUCUGUGGCUGAAAUUGUCCGUUGCUAGGUGAUAUGUUUUCGUGUCCUGAUUAAUUAAGGUAAUAGACAUUUAUUGUGAGAGUUGGACCUCGCCAGGGCUGCCCUUUGUCACCGGUUCUGUUCAUAACCUUUAUGGACAGAUUUUCUAGGCGCAGCCGGGGGGUGGAGGGUGUCCAGUUCGGCAGGCAGAGGAUCACGUCGCUGCUUUUUGCGGAUGAUGUGGUACUUCUAGCUUUGUCGUUUGCGGCCGAGUGUGAAGUGGCUGGGAUGCGAAUCAGCACCUCCAAGUCCGAGGCCAUGGUCCUCAGUCGGAAGAAGGUAGAUUGCUUUCUCCAGGUCGGCGGGGCGGUCCUGCCUCAAGUGGAGGAGUUCAAGUAUCUCGGGAUCUUGUUCAUGAGUGAGGGUAGGAUGGAACGGGAGAUCGACAGGUGGAUCAGAGAGGCGUCAGCAGUGAUGCAGACGCUUAACCGAUCAGUUGUGGUGAAGAAAGAGCUGAGCUGUAAGGCGAGACUCUCAAUUAACUGGUCGAUCUACGUGCGGACCCUCACCAAUGGCCAUGAACUUUGGGUAAUGACCGAAAGAACAAGAUCGUGGAUACAAGCGGCUGAAAUGGGUUUCCUUUGCAGGGUGGCCGGGCUCAGCCUUAGCGAUAGGGUAAGGAGCUUUGACACUUGGGAGGCGCUCAAAGUAGAACCGCUGCUCCUCCACAUCGAGAAGAGUCAGUUGAGGUGGCUCGGGCAUUUAGUUCGGAUGCCCUCUGGACGCCUCCCAUUAGAGGUGUUCCAGACAUGUCCCACCGGGAGGAGACCUCGUGGCCGGCACAGGACCAGGUGGAGAGAUUAUAUCUCUUGCCUGGCCUGGGAGCACCUGGGAAUCCCCUCGUUGAGAGGAGCUGGUGGAAGUGGCUGGGGUGAGGGCCGCCUGGGCUUCCCUCCUGAAGCUGCUGCCCUCACGACCCGGACCCGGAUGAAGCGGAAGAAAACAAUGACGACAACAACAUUUAUUGUGGUGGAUUUUUUUUUUACAUUAGGAUAUAACUGUUUGCAGAUGCGUUUGUUGGUCUUCUUCAAUGGUUUCUACCCAGUGUGCAUCUGUGAGAACUAGAGUUCAGAUUGGUAUAAUUUGUGUUAUUGUGAUAAGAGAGAGAAGCCAUGGUUUACAUGUUUUCUUGAUGGAUAACUCUAACCUGAGCUCACCUCUGAAGCUAAAGAAGCGCUCCCGUCGAGAAUAAGAAUGAACCAAAGAAAAACCACAAAUAAACUUGACAUGAACUACAUCUAAAUAUUAAUCUCAGUUCUUACUCCUGCACAAAUACCUAAUUUCCGCCUUUUGUAUAUACACCUCCGUGGUAACAAUGUGAGGCCAUUUCCAACCCUGUUAGUAGCAUGAACAUAUUGGUGAAAUGAACCUUUUCCCAUUUUCAGUGUGUAAUGAGCAAACAGGAUACGAGCAGUGUGGCUCCGCUAGCAGCUGAUAUUUAAUCCUCACCUGGAUAAACUGGAUCCUGAUAGCAUCUUCCUCUGCAACUCAUAUUUAAAAGGAAAUACCUACUGUUAACAGAUGGAAAUUGAAGGGAUGUGUCUAUCUGCUCUCUUAUGUAUAUUUAUAGGAGAAAUAUCCUGUUGGCUGCCAAGAUAGUUGCUGCCUUGAUGAUAUCACAGCCAGAGCAUAAAGAUGAAAUGCUAUUUGAUCCAUGCUGUGAUGUCUGAUAGGCAGCUCUCACUUCUUUUCAGAAUGUACUUUACCUUUCAGACUGCUAUUCAGAUUUUAUAAGAAGGUCACAGUGAAAUUGUACUGUUGAAGAAAGAAUGAUCCCAAACCUGACGGACACUAGACCCAAAUAAAGUUGUGCAGCACAUUUAUUGAUUUAAUGAAAAUUGUUACAUAAGACAAAUGAGUCUCUAUAUUUAUUUUUUGCAACUAACAGCUGAUAAAGAAUGAAGAUAACUAGAUUCAUAUGAUCAUAUCUCACCAUUAGUGUUCAGAUGUAGUUAUUUGUUAUUUGAGAUGUCAUUAAUGUCAUUAGCCCCUAGAUUUCACACACCCACUUAACCAAGACACAAUGAAUGAAAGAAAUUAGGCAAAUGAAGCAUCAGAUUACCUCUAAUUAAGCAGCAAAUAAGCGUUGAAUUACGGUAAAUUUACCCCCCUCAUCUAAUUGAAUUAUCAUUCAGAAUUAAAUCAGGAUCAUUGAGGGUGCCUCUAGGAGCCUCUCUUUGUUUAUCUUAAUCUCUUUUCCCUCUUUUCCUUUCUAGACACGUUCUCACCAUUAGACAUGGAUUUCUCCUUUGUAGCUUAUAUUUUCCCAGUAAAUGGAUUGGAGUGAUUUUUUUCUCUGCCCUUGUCUCCUGCUCUAAAUGAAAGAGUAAGGAUGGGUUUCUGGGGAUAAUUAGAAACUGAUAUAAAAGAUGGGGCUAAUUUGCAUUAUUAUUAAUCAAACACAUAAGUAGUAAUAAAAAUUCCAAUUCCCAUCAUUCCAUCUUACACUACUUGACUCUGUUUCUGUACAGAUCAAGAGUUGCUGGAGGACAUCAUGAUUGACAGCUGCUUUUUCCUAUCACGGCAAAUGGUAAGUGGCAAAUGGUAGGUGCAAUGUUUUUAAAUACAAUAUAUGAGUAAAGUGUAAAAAAAUAAAGCCCAAUCCCCUUGAGUGUGUUUUCAUUAGAGGCACAUCUGCGCCUUUCAGCUUGCCUCUGAAAAUCAAAGUCUUCUUGUUUCAGGGAAAAACUCGACUUAAGUUUCUGAUAUAACCUUGAUAUUUCUGUGUGUUUCUUUCUUUACAUCAUGCCGUUUUCUUCUGUCACUUCUGACACUGUUGUAGUCGUCUCUCGCCUAUGUUCAUGUCCUGACAGUUGGGCUUCACACAGUCUUUGUUCUGCUGUCUGAACCUCUAAUCGGGAAGUGUAAUAUUGAUGCACUACACCGAUGCGCUCCUUUCUUCAACUCACGAAGCACCAUGCAUCUUUGAUACUCCCCACCCUAAUCAAUGGCAAUAGCUCCCUUUGGAGUUACACAUCUAAAAGGUGCUUUGUGGCAGCAGUUGCCUGGAUUUGCCUUUAAUUGCUUUUCUCAAACAAAACAUCCCAUUAAUUAGUGAUGACAUCUAAAUGCUGUAACACCUCAGACAGAUGCGGUGUCUGUAAUCAACAGUGUCUUUCCUGCAUAUGUCCUUAUACUUCAAGAUGAAUGUCAUGACUGAAACUAAAGCCAUGCCUUGAGUUGUAAAAGACAGAUUCCCAGCACAGCCAUGAGUAGCGGGCUGUUAGACAGUGUAGAAACGCUGUGCUGCUGAAAUGCAGCGGUAUCCUCUGGAGGAGAUUGGCAUGUACUUUCGCCCUACUUUUAACGGUACACAUAAAAAGAAGCUGUGGAAACAGGAGGGUUGCUAGCUGCUUCUCUAACAGAGCUGAUGGUAAUAAAACAUUCACAGAGCCAGUCUGUGAGCAAGACGCUGGUUAAGAAGAAGAGUAAUGAAGCAAGGGGAGUGGAAUGUAACAGGAAAUAGAGCUGUCAUGGAGUAGCCAGGUUUUAGACAUGACUGUAAUGUAUAGGAAUAUAUGCAGACUCAUUAAUAGACAAGAAUGUGUGUAAUCAUCAGAGCAAGCUCAGCACACACAGUCACAUACAGUACACCCACUGUAGCCAAGUGAAAUAUGUCCAACGACGAAAUGAAUGGGUCUCCCUGUGUGUUGGUGGCAGGUCAUUACUCUGCAUGCUUCGAGCGAGACAAUAAAACCCAAACACAAUGAGACAGUCUUUAGAACUCACUCUCACCUCUUUUUUACACUGCUGGCAUCUAUAAAGUUCAACCUUGAUAGGGAGGAGAAAGAGGUGGGUGAGAGGGAGGGGCAGACCGGGAAAGAGGAGUUUAGUGUGUCACAUGAGGGUAUCAUGAAAAAAAUGAGAGUGAAUAAUGAAGAUAUAGAUAGGCUUGCAUUCUGAAAGAGCCUGGGGCACAUUCGAUCACAACAGAGGGAGAAAAUGAAGCCUAAACACUGCGGAGGAGGGAUUAACUGAAUGAUGGUAUAAAUGUGAGACAAGUGAAUUAUGUGCAUUUGCAAAUUUGACAUCAAAUUUAUAUAUACUAAAUGAAGCAGAUUUAACUUCAACCAUGUAUAAAAUUUCUCUGGAAAUACUAUAUUAUGUUGUCUUAUGUUAAAAAAUUAAUAUGCAUCAAAUUAGAAUUUGUAAUGAUACGUAUGGUAGUGUUUAUGGGACCAGUGUCGACCAUCAGUCAUGUUUGGCAUCUCGCAUUCAGCAGCUGAGAAAAUUCAGACCAGUCCCAUUUCUCUUGGCAAAUACCCUCAUAUGAGUUGACUAAUAACAGCCCACAUGUUUACUGUAGGACAGGUUCCCGCUAUGGGGAGCAGUUGCCGGGCAACUUAAUGACUGGGAAUUUUCCCACACCCAAGGGUUUCACCUUGGUAAAGGGCAAGUGGAGCUGAGGUGGAGUGACGACAUGAAAAGGGACCAGCUCAAUCUGUCUCUGAAACUGACCUUUGCAAAAAAAAUGAAAUCAAACCUCCUUGAAUAAAUUAAAUGAAUGAAUAUGAAGUGCUUGGCAAGUCUUUAGCUUGGGCGAAAACCACAGUUUACUGGUGACUCGGCUCAUUAGCCCAGUAGUGGGGAUGUUGCAAGCUGUUACUGCUGCAGAACACCAUCUGCCAAUUAUGUAGUUGGUGUCUUCCCACCCUUAGAGACAAAAAUGUGAAGAAGGAGUAGGAGAGAGGAACUUAGGUGUAUAAGAGACAGAAAGUGGAGAGCUGAAGGGAUCACAGUAGCCUAAUUGUCUUAAUCCACAGAGUAUGGACAGAGACGUAUCAAGUUUCCUCCAAUGUAGAAACGUAUUCCUUUUUACCGACAGCAACAGAGUCAUGUCAGGACAACCUUGGGCUAAUGAGUGUAAAGAGAGAGGUCAUGGAGAGAUAAAGCUGGAUAUGUAUCAAACAGAAUGCCUCUAUAAUAGCUGUUCCCUCGUUUAAAAACUACUAUCUCCAAUUAACUGUGGGAUUUUUUUCUGAUGCUCCAGGCAGAUGAUCAGAUGAGCCUUGUUGCCGUCAUGCUCUAUGACUUCCAGGACAGAAAGUUCCUCCCGCGGGAAUGCCAGAGGAGGGAAGAGCGCAUCCAGGAAGUAAGGGAGGUGGAGACCUAUCUCCUCAGGUAAGAGGACAAGGAAUAACAAGAAGGCAAAAACAUUGACAGGUUGAGUGGUAUUAUCAAAUUGGAGGAAAUUUUGUAAAGAAGAUGUAGGAAAGGUACAAAAGGACACUUCUUUUGUAUGUGUUGUUUGUAGGAGUAAAACAAAGCUGGCAGCCUCUCUGGCUCGCUGCAGGAUCAAACAUGAUCUUGUGUCCAUUGAAUGUAUUCUACCAGAGAGUGUAAAGAAGAAGCAGGAGAGGUCAAGCAGCCUCCCGCUUUACGCGUGGGUAAACACACAGAAGAGCAGGUAAGCAGGCGCAAACACACGCACCCCUCAUUUCCCUUCUCAGAGGUACAGACACCAUCUACUUAUACAUGCACACCUCUUUGUAAAAAUCAAAAUGCACUGUAAGCAUAUUAAGAGUGUGUGUAAGCACCUGCACACACCUAUACAUAUAUACGCAGACCUUUAACUUGAGGUACUACCUGAUGUUUUAUGGGCCAGGUAUCUAACUGACAUCCAAUUAAACCAGUGGACUAGGUGUGUGCGUGUGUAUGAGUGUGUGCACCUUUGUGUUGUUGGGUGAGUGUGUGUAGUGCAUGCUCUUUCACAUCCACUGACAGGCUGAUUCGGUUAGGUGUAAAUCCUGCUGCUGUGGACAGAUUCAAUCAGCAACAACCCUCAGCAAGCUCUGGGACUGUAAAGGUCACCUGAAGGGACUAGUUGUGUGCAUUUGUGUGUUUGUGUGUGUGUCUCCAUAUGUGUAUCUUAACAGCUUUUUUAUUGCCUAUUUCACCAUUAAAGGUCUUGAAAAGGCCACACAGCACUUCUACAUUAUUAUCUAUGAUGACAGCCCCCUCCCUUUUGUCUUACCUCUUACCUUCUUCUCAUGUCCUUCAUCUCUUCUCUUGGGCGUUCACUAAUUUGCUCUCUUCCGCUCUUUUCCUUUAAGCCUCAAUGAGGUCCAAAGUGUGCUGAUGACAGCAGGCUUCUUGCAGGUGGAAUCAAUUGGGCAGCUGGAAGGCCAGACCUUCUGCCAGGAUCCCCACUGUGGGGAUGUACUGGUAUUCCCUGCUCAGCUGAGGGCUCAGCUGUACUCUACCGAGCUGCUUAGCAACCACAAACUCAUCAUCCAGGUACGAGAGAGGAGCUGUCUGAAAAGAGCAGUCUCCUCCCUGUAGACUUUGAUUUAGUGUAUGAAAUCAGCCUGGUGCCAUCAAUCUCUGAUAUUCAUAAUUUCGCUUUGGUAAUAGACUUGCUCAAAUUGAUUAUGAGACUGAGAUCGCGUAUGCCAACCAAGAUUAGUUUGCCCUGAAACAAAUAUUUCACACCACUUCCUAUCAUCCGGCCAUACUUUACUCUGAGUCAUAAAGAUUUUUUCAGCUCGGGAGGGGGAGAGGAGUUUAAUCAUUUAAUUUCUACUCCAUUAAAGUCAAGCUGCCAUACAAACUGCAAGCAGCACACAGCACCACAACACAAUUAAAUCAGAUUUUGCAGCCAAAUUCAAUCAAAUAUUCAACACUGCUGGCUAAUUCAUCAUCCCUCCCUCUCUCUAUUUUAUGAACUUUCAUCUUGCUUUCUCCCUUCUUAUUCCUCUUUUCCUCUGUCCUUGUUCUUCUCGCUGGUUUGUCCUUGUGAUCUGGAUACCAACUACAGAAACUUAACCCAUCCCAAUGCUCCCAACGGGAUACAUUCAGCACUAUUUUCAGAGGGGACCCCAUUGAUUGAAGGACAUCUUGCCUGUAACUUGACUGCACUAUUAGUCUCAUUGUUUCUUCCAUCUCCUCUUCUUACCUGCCUACCUCCCCUUAGUACCUGCUUUGCACCAGCUGCUCCGAGCUCCCUCUCCCGUCUCAUCUAUUCCUGCCUCCAUAUAAUUUAUCACUCUCAUACAUUUUAAUAUCUUAAUCUUCCCUCUUUUUUUUCCUCACAAACUUACAAAAAAACUUGAAACCUGAAACUUAGCUUUGCUGUGCGUCAAAAAUGUAAUGUUUUUUUCUCAAUGUGCCUCUAGGAUAAAUCUUGCAGCCUAGGCCCGAAUGCAGUUUGCUCCGUGCUAACAGAGGAAGGAGAUGUUCUGAUGGUGGGAUGCUUCUCCAGCCUGACUGUCUCCCACACUGCUUCCCUCAUUCUCAAGAAACAUCAAACCAACUGCAAUAACCAGCCUACAGUGUAUGUUUGUGUCAGUGACCAUACUGACACCCAGAGAGAGGACCUACAUCAGGCCGUCAUCGCCAUGGGCUGCAAGAGUAUGCAUGAAAUGCUUUAGUGUGGUUUCUGUCUGCAUCUUCGCAUGGAGAUGAAAUCAGAGACAGUCGUUUUUCUGUCUUUGUUUUCAGUAAUUUAUAGUCCUUGUUUGUCAUUAUUUCUUGACCCAGUGAUUGAGGUUUAUGAUACUUAACACUGGCACUUAGGCCUGCUGCAGGAAUCCACAGUUUUCCACAAAUGACUCUUUUUCUGAGCAAAAGUUUGUCAAAUGACAGCUGGGAAGGGUUUUGCCCUUCUUUGACCCUAAAUGAGAUAAGUGAUAUAGAUGAUGCAUACAUGGAUGGGUGGAUAGAUAGACAGAUGGUUUAUAAGUAACAAAAGUUUGUGGUUAAAUUAUACUAAACAUUGAUUCGGCUCUCUUUUUGUUUGCAGGCCAAUACAAUAAAGUUUGAGGGAUGUGUAGAGAUAAUAUGAAAAGAAAAAUAUUGAAAAAAUUGUUGUUGUCAGUAAACCCUCAGAGAUUUGCUGGCUUUUAAGUCUGACUGUCUGAGCUGUAUGUAAAUAUCAUAUGCUUGUAGUUGUUGCCCCAUCAGUUAAUCAUUAGGGAAACAAUUAGCACGUAACGAGGCUGACAUUUUUUUAAUUGCAAAAGACGCCCUCAGGCUGGUUAUUAUCAUCUACAGAGAUAUACAAGAACAUUUUUAACAGACUUUAAGUAAAUAUGUGUUUGUGGUUAACCACUGUUAAAUAAAGUCAACGUGUUGUUCAGAUGUGAAGCUGAUAGCAGAGGACUUCCACUCUUUGGAUGGAGGUGAUAAGCGACUAAAGAAGGUGCGGGUUAUCCUCUUGACCCCAAAGUGUUCUGUGUCUGCAGUCAGCAACCCGGUCGAGUUCAUACUACAAGAGAAUGGAGGUACAAACAAGACAUUUCUAUACAGCUGUAAAGUGUGAAUUUCCAAACAAUGUUUCUGUAACCUUGUUUCCUUUAUAUCCUGAUUUGUCCGUACCAAAGUAUGUCUGAGGAUGGUAAGUCAUCACAAUUCAGAGUGCUGUGUGAACUUUAACAAUUUGAGCUCAUCCUGUGUGACUUGUAGGAAUAAAACUUGUAUUAUGUGAAUGCAAGUUAUGACAUCUCCAAACCCUUCAUAGUUGUCUUCCUUUUUUCCAGUUCGACAUGAAGUCCAUAAUUAUAAGAUAAAGCAUUUUUACACUGAACAUUUUUAUUACUUACUUCCCUUCCAUCUAACUACUUUUUCCUGUGUGCUCUUGGCGAUGACUUUUACUGAAAUUCUGCUCUUUUGAACCACUUCACUUUCAUUUUCUCAGACCCAGACAUAUUGCAGGACUUAUCCCAGGACUCCGUUUCCCAAAGCAAACUGGAGGCUCUGGUUGCCCAGCAGAGGAAGGAUAUUGAUCAUUCCUUGAAGUGUGAGUGUUGAGCCACCUGCUCAUAUGUUGACUUGCGCACAGACACACACACACCAAACCCAGACACACUCAAACUCAUGAAGUAUGAGCUCGGUCUCCAGUGUGAAGCCUCUCUCACCUCUCUGACACGAUGAAGCUUAUACUUCCUAAUUAUCUAAUCUGGUUUACCAUUAGACUGAAGCCUUUGGUGUCCCUUAGAGAUCGUCUGAGUCUUAAUUAGGAAUGCUAAUGGUGCUUUGCACGGACCAGCCGCAGUCUGAUGAAGCAUUCCCUGCAUAUUUUACUGAAGUGAUUAGUGAUACUGCUUUAUAUUGCACACUGUCUUAAAUAUUGAAUGUAUCUCAGUGACCUACUUUGUCAGGACAUUAUAUUGUACUUGUUACGUGUUACAUAUGUUCCAUCUUGCAGUAAAGGCUUUACGGCUCUGUUAAAUUCAAUAUACUGUGUGUAGUUAUUUAUUCCAUUCAGCAGUGUGUGAAAUGGUGUUCACCCAUUAACUUCGGUCUGUUGUGCCGUGCAUUCUGUGUUGUUCAGGUUAUUCUCAUUGAGCAGGUGGAGUCUUUCUGUCAGUGAUGAAAAUCAGCUGUUUUAAUCAGGCUACCAUCGAAUGGCCCUUGACUACAUUUUUGCUUGUGUAGAUGCUUUCUAGUACCAUUAAUUAAUGGUGGGUAUGUAUUGAGUGUCUCUGCUUUGUGGGUCGAUGGACUCAUUUCAGCGUCUUCACACAGGCACAUCAACAAAGAAAUGCUCUCACACACAGGUACAAAUACGCUUCUGUAGCUCUUGAGGUGGAUAUCUCAUAAAACAGUACAUCCUAGUGAAAUGUCUGAGCUGAGAUCUGGCCUUCUGAAAAGCAAAUUUUCACAUUUGGUCGGGAAAUGAUUUAGUACAUCUGAGUGGGUUUUAUUUGUUAUUGGUCUAGUCUUAAUGGUUCCUGUCUGGCUAUAAUUAGAGAGCAAGAGAAGAAUCAACGCUUAAAUGAGGAGAGUCAAACUGCAGAUAACUUGUCAAAUCAACAAGCCAGAAGCAGCUGAAUAGGCGAGCAUUGUACAUACAUAAACAAGUCUGGAAAUUAAUAUUCAAGGACAUAUUUCUUUAUAGGCAGUGCAUGAUGAGGAAGAUGACUGCAUUCGAAUAAUCUUUUAAUUGUUACAAAAUAAAGGAAAGAUUUUUAUAUUUGAUUUAUAUACAGUUUGUUUGAAGGUAUGAUCGACUUGUGAGAAAAGCGGUUAAAGAAUAAACGCUGUUGAAUUCACAUCCAUAUAUCAAGUUACUUUGUGUUUGUGUUUUGUACAGUUCCACGGGUUUUGGCAGUCAUUUACUCCACCUGUUCAUCAUACUCGGAUGAGAACGAGGUGGUGGUGAACAGAGCCCUGGAGCAGGCCAAGACCCGCUCUGAGCAGGAGGGAGAACCAAGACAAGCAACCUUCAGGUCAGCCUCAGCCUCUGCAGCAUCUCAGCGCCCUGGUGCAUGAUCAGCAUCUGCCUCUGUCCUUGUCUUUGUCUUUGUUUACUUUUUUGCCUUGCUGUCUGUCAGCAAGCUCAGGUGCUCGUCUGUCUCCUUCCAGAAAGGCUUCUGUCAAAGCCUCAGCACACCUCAGGCACCACCUGAGGGAGAUCCAGAGGAAAUAUCAUCAGGGAUGCCAUUUUAUGUCUAGAAAUGCUGUGAAAAGGGCAGAUAAAAGGUUUCCAGAUGGCUCGCCCUCUCACAGACAUACUUUUUCUUUUUUCUAUUGUUGUUUUAUUGUGGGUGUUUGUCGAGUUUAAACAAUUGCUGAAGUUUACAAAUCCCGCAGAGUUAAAUAUACCAAGAUUUACUCCUCUCUGCAGUGAGCUGCCUUGGUGUGCUGGCUGUGCCUCAGGCUUGCAUAAAUAGACUCAAAUGUUUUUAUUACUGGUAUGGAUCAGAAUAAGAUGCUUGUCCAUUCACCUGCAUAGUUAUAAUAGCUUUUCUGCUGCUUUUUCUGUCAGUAGUUGGUUUUACUAUACUUUUCUUCUUGUGUAUCUGUGUUUAGGAUUAUUCCAUCUCCAUUCAGCAAUCCUGACUCUGCCGAGGCCUCAGGUGAAACAAAGCCUUUCUUCAAGUUGGAGCCCUCAGCGCUGAGCAAUGGUUGCUUUCUGGCUGUUUUUAGCAAAGAGGUAAACAUCACUCAAACAGAGCACCUCACAGAGUGAAGCAGUCAUUAACCCGAUGAAUUGACAAAUGAGUUGGUUUCUAUAAUUAUAAUUUAUUGUUGCACUGGAACAAUCACACACACGGGGUCUGUAGUCAAUUUGGUAUCUUAAUAUUUUAUAGAGCGCUGAACACAAGACAACUGUAAUGACUGAUAAGUGACAACAAUAGCUCAAUGUUGCAGCUAUUUUUUGCUGCAGUUUUGCAAACUUUGUGACUUUUUUAUACAGCUUUUCCUUCGAAGCAUCAUGUUUUAAUGGUGACAUUGCUUUUAAAUGAAUUUUACUCCUUCAAAAGUCUCUGUCGCAACCAUAGACUGUAUAUAAAAUGGACACCGUCUGCCUCCUCGCUGGGUGAAACCACUCCGAGAACAGCACCCUCUGGUGACGGGCUGCAGUAUAGGUCAUAAAUCCCACCAUCGCCAGCAAAACUUAUGGAGUUGUGGACAAACUUUAGAAAGUAAUUACACAGAAUAUAAUUUUUUCUUCCCCCUGCUUGCGAUGUUGACAUGUAGUUACUGUAAGACUGGUUUGUGCUCAAGUCCUCUUUUUUCUGCACAGCUCCAUUUUUAAAAGUUAUUAGGGGGUUCAUGUUUACUAUGAUUGACACUUGAUCAUAUGAGUAUAGGAAAAUUGUGAAGCUCAGCCGCGGGAUACGCCGUUUGAGCCGAGUGUCAUCACAGCGACUCUCUGCUACUCUCUGCAACUCUCCCGCCAAAUGGGUAUCAUGCUACUGCGCAAAUGGUGGAGUGCGUACAACGUUACUGCGCAAUGUUUCAGGUUUCAGGAAGUGGAGAAAAAUCACGGAAUUACCAAGAGCUUUUCAGCUUCAAAUCCAUAUACUGUCGGAAGGCAGAACCAAGUUGUCCAUAGUGUAUACAGUCUAUGGUUGCAACUUCCUCACAAAAUAAUAUUAGCAGUCCAUGCCUGCUUUCAAGGCAGCCAAAAAGACAAGCAAGGAGGGACAAAUAUAAUUCAUCUAGUAUCAGGCCCCAGUAGGCUGUCUGAAAUUUAGUGACAGAAAAGUACCAACAAUAGACAAGUCUCUGAUCACAGACCUUUCCAAAACAAAACCAAGAGGGAAAUGUGGCUGACAGUUUGGUUUUAAAGUGCUCAAUAAGUAAAAACACAUCUUCGGCUGCAAAAAUUAAGCCAUAAUUUGGUUUCAACUUCUCAGACUGGUGCUUGGCCAAACCCUUGAGACAGAACAAAGCAGAGUGGGACAAAGGUCAGGCAACUAGCAGAAGUAGAAAGCUAGGUCACAAAUGUAGGUGUCCUAACUGAGUCUACUCAAAAAAUAAAGUGCAAAAUGUCUAGAAGAGGUAGGGAUGAGUGGCAAUGCAUUUAGAACUGUGGAAAAAUCAGUGGAUAGAGACUGGAAAUAAAAGUCAGGUUGUUAUGAUAUAAUGGAGGGAUGAGAUAAGGGAGGGAAGUUAAAGUUAGAGUCAGAACAAAGCAUUUCAUUAUCCAAGUGGAGCCUGGGAGAAUAGAGAGAAACUAGAUCUUCUCUACUUUGCUGUGUGUGAUCUGUCUGUGUCUGCAUAAUAAUUCUACUUUAAAAUUAAACACAUUCCAAGUGUCUCUGGUUUGGUUGGGGUUUAUUGCAGCAAUUUCAACAACUGACAGAAGCUUUAUGAUACUUCUCAGACUUCUAUAUGAACACUAACAGGGAGGAGGCACUCUGCCCCCGACUCUGUUUUGUGUCUCCUUCAACCUCCAUGUUUUGACCAAACUUACUCCUCUCAUUUCAUCUGAUAAUCUCAGUCCAAACCACUAUCCUCGUCUUUUUUAUCAUAUUGAUCUUGGUCUUAAGUACGGUUAUUGCAGGAGGUAAGCCAGCUCUCACUUGUUAUGGCUGCAGUUCAUUGACAGAGGUGCAUUAGCAAGUCUUUGUGACCGGGUUCCCUCACAUCCUCAUCAUCCACAACAUGGCCACGUUUACAACAUACUUCACACAUUAUGAAACCUGCUCUUACACUUAUUAUACCAGUGUGGGGUUAUUAAGCCAUUUCACCCCUACUGGGUGUGACAGAGCUCGCUUGCACCAUAGCGCCUUCUCGUCUCCGGCCAUCCAUCAUGUUUUAUUCCUCCACAGAUAGGAAUGAAAAGAUAAUCAAACUGCAGUAAUGGAGCUGCAAGCAGGACUUUUUUUCCUCCCUACCUCCAAUAAACUCAGCUAAUCAAAAGUUAUUGUGGCACUCUGAAAAUGCCAUAUAAAAAUAGCAAUCGUAUAAGUGUUUGAAUGCUGUCUGGCUUACAUUGACUUUGAUUAAAGCCCCCUGUAAAGUGCAUUGAUAGGCACUCUGUACAGAAACAUCUGGGGAUGAUAAAGACGAUAAAUGAACGUGUUUCUGGUCUAAUUUCCACCAAAAUCUAAACUCAUCAUGGAUGGAAUUUAGAAAUUUAGUUGAUAUAAAAUGGAAUUCAACAGUUCCUGCACUUUUCACUUUGCCUUUUCAGUUUUAUUGUUUAAAGAGUGAGUCUGAUGAAUUUGGACACAGGUAUCAAAAGACAAUGGGCUCAGCUCAUUUUGGCACAGUGAUGAAGGAAGCGAAAGAUUAACAGGGUAUGGCAGAGUUGGUUAGUGGAGAUGGAGAGAAAGUGAGAUUUACAGAAGUGAGGGGAAAGAAAGGGAAGCGAAGGAGAGUGCCUGUUGAAUAAUUCAGCGCCCCCUGUCUGCAUGAGUUAGCAUCAAUGAAGUUCAGGGUGUCCACCAAAGACUGCAGCCCUGUUUCUGAAGAAUGUUUACCUGUAUGCAUGGAGUGUCAACAGUUAAGAGGAGCAGAGUCCUCCUUAUAUACCCAUGCACGGCACUUAACAGCACGCGCACACACCUGUGUACACUGGAUUACACAUAUCUUAUGCAAGCAUAUACACAUUUGCAUUUAAGUGCGUGCAAACACUUAAAAAACAAAAUAUACAGUUAAACCCAUACAAGCUGUGUGUCUCAGCAGUGUACACAGUGCUUGUGAAUAAUUCAGGUGUUGAGGAGAGCAGUAGGCUGCUGUGUGGGCUGCUGCUGAGACAGCAAGUGACCCUGCAACCAGCAGCAAGGACAUGGUGGUUGUCUUGUCUCCGCCCCUUCCCUUUCUCCUCCUCCAACUUCUUCUUCUUUACCCCUCCUCCCUUUCCACUCUCCUCUCCUCUCCUCUCCUUUCCUCUCCUCUCCUCUCUUCUCCUCUCCUCACCUCGCCUCUCCUCUCCUCGCCUCGCCUCUCCUCUCCUCUCCCCUUAAGUCUUUUCUCCCUUGCUUCCCUAUACUAUUGUACUAAAUACACAUGGUCUACAGCACCAGGACUGUAAUUUGCGUUUCUAAUGUUGAAAAAAAGUCUUUCUUGAGUAUAUCUUUUUAGUGUUGACUAUGAGAUUUUAGCUUUGUUACUACUACCUAUAAUUCCAUUUUUUAUCAUUUUUUAGACAUUUGUGGUUAUGUCUAAAAAACUGAAAGAUUCUGCAUUCUUCUUUGUCAACAGCCAGAGCCAGAGGUCAAAGAGACACCACAUGAAGUGCUACAAAGGGCAAAUGCCAAAGGCAUAUUAGACAGAAUCGGCUUAAACAAGCCUACCAGAAAAGAGCGACAUGGACAAACCAACAGAAUGACAAAAACAACCAGUGCUCUAAACUCGACACCCAACCUUGCUGUCAGUUCACAGUCUAAGAACAAGGAGACCAAGGGCAGCAGCACUUCAACUUUGUGUGGACAUCAGGAGUUUAAUAACAGGCGGCAGGCAUCACAAGGUGGGCAUAUUUGCUUCAGAUCAGUAUUGAAGGGAUUCAGCAUGUUCACGCAUUCAAAUCCAGUUCUUUCCUCCGCUUCUUCUUUUUUUUUCCGCUUUUACAGCUUUCAUUUCUUGUGUCACUUGAGCUGUCAGCUUUAAAACUGAUCAGCUCCCUUGGGAGAUGUUUGCUUUUAAUUUUCUCAUUUCUAAUGAUUAUAUCUUUUUGAAUUACUCAACUUUUUAAAAAGGAAAUGGAAAUUCUACAAAUUCACUGAAAGUUGUUAAUUUCUGGAUCUUAUCAAAUUAAGAUUCUCUUAUUUAACAGACCCAAUUUAAUCUGUACUGCAUUGACGAGACAUUUAUGCUUUAACAUUUUUUGGUACGUUGUACUAUUUGUGAAUAUAAACAGUGAAAGUUUUAUGCUCUUUUUUCAUGCUUUUUUCACUCUUGCAUUGGUGUGUAUUGCAUGAGUGUUGAGACUCAGAGAGGGUAGUUCAUAGAUGCUUAAAAAAAUCUUGCAAACCUGUAAAAGUUGCCACAAACUUUGUUAUAGACCAAUAAAGAAGGCAUUGAAAUGUAUGCAAUCUUGUGCUGCUUGUGUCAAAAGGGUGAGUAUGUACACUUCAGCCUGUAAAGCUUUAUCCUCUGCCUUUUCUUUUAUACUAUAACAUUGGUAGAAAUUUCUGGAGGACACCAAUGCAAGCACAUUUUCUGAAUCAAUGCCCUGGGCUCAUUUCUGGAAGUAAAGAUAUGACAAUUGGGAUGCUCACUGUCGAGUCUUUUGUGUGAUAGCAGUUAUGGUUUUGGCAUAUUGACAGAAGUUUGAGACGGUAUUUUUUCUAGAGAUCCCAGGGAUAUCAACUGGCUAAACCAGGAUUACAAAGUCAUGAUCACCAGAGUAACAUCUGAGAAACAGAGAAGAGACAUGUUCACACUUUUUUUAAUAUGUCAAGGCACGACAACCCUCAUCAAAGUAAUUAAUUCUCAUCUGCUUAAACUCAUCACCAAUCUUGUCCUCCUCACUUCUAUUCUCAAAAUCAACCUACUGUAAUGUAAAAUCUUGUCUCAUGCAACAUUCAAGUCCAAACUGAUAUGUUUUUGUCUUUCAGGAAAAGUCAAACCCCUGAGCCUUCAGGCCUCAAAGAUUACAACAUCCAGUCCUUUCUCCUCUUCAAAACUGGAAAGCACCAGCUCUCUGUCAUCAGCCAAACGAGAAAACACCACAUUAAGGAAAACCAUCAAUCCUGUAUUUAAAACUACAACUUCCAGCACCCCUCCGCAUCUGGCUCCUCCUCCUACUACCCCCACGGUUCCUCCAGUUAUCCGCCCACGCAAGGUUCAACAGGUGGUGCUGAAGCCUGUUGUGCUUGUCUUUCCUCCUGUUCACUUUCCCAACUUCUUUCCAUCCCAGAAUGGCCAGACAGAAUAUUGUCCCAGCAUCAACCACAGCAAGCUAAGGACCCGAACUCAAACUGAACUCCUUCCCCGCUCAAAUGGAGACAUCCACAAGGAUAUCUUGGUGAAAUCCCGACCUCUGUUUAAAGUCGAAUAUCCAUAG